UUGCAGAUGGAGGCCUUUCUAGAGGAGUUCGCGCUCGGGUCUUCCCCGGUUUAUACUGUGAAGGACGUGUUGGCUCAGACCUUCAUCCAGGCAUAUGCCAACCAUCUCAAGAAGAGGGGCAAGUUUCAGGUGCCCAUGUGGGUGGAUUUGGUGAAGACUGGAUACGGGAAGACCCUCGCUCCCCAAGAUCCCGACUGGCUGUACUGUCGAGCUGCUGCCAUCCUGCGGCACCUCUACCUUCGCCCAAGCUGCGGAGUUGGGGCAUUUAGAAAGUUCUUCUCAUGCAAAACCGGCAAAAAGUGCAGCCCUGGCCACACCAGCAAGGCCAGCGGCAAGAUCAUUCGACACAUCCUCCAGCAGUUCGAGGCCAUGGGGCUUGUCGAGUCUCGCCCAGAUAGCGGAAGGCGCUUGACCAAGGUGGGACAGAAGGAACUCGACGUCAUCGCUCGCCAGUGCGUUCUCAGCGCCUCGGUCUGA